AUGUUUCAUUCCACGGAAUCAGUAAAAUCCGCAGAUAUCCAACAUGAGCCUACGAUGUUGCUUCAAAGGCCUUCUUCGGCCAGAAGACAAAAUGUAGCACAUAUUCUUACAUCUAUGUUUGGUGAGUAUUUCGUCCGAGAUACGAUUCCUCAAGAUGUGGUAAAAUACUUGACGACAUCUCGAAGUGGAGACGAUCCAUAUCAUGAUUACUACGUAGAGGAAUUAAGCAAGAUUCAAGAUGAACGAGAAAAGCGAUUAGCUGCGGCAAGCAGUGUAGAAAAUCAUUUACUACAAGCCAAAGGAGCAGCUACACUAGCCGAUGAAAAGCGUCUAGCAAAUUUAACGGAAGAAUGCCAAACAUAUAAUCAGAUUGGUCUCCCUUCUUUUGAGUCAAAAUUCAAGUCAUUACUGAACAGUGAACUUUUAAAGAAGCACCAUUUAAUAGCACCAGAAGAUUAUUCAACUGCCGAAGCAGCUAAGGUAGAACCUCCUACGGCACCCAAAAUACCAGGAUAUGCGCAAGCAACCAGGGCUUAUUUGGGUCAAACUAAAUCGGCUGAAAGUUCAAAUCGAAAUAGACCUGAAUCUGCUCCAUCAAGUAGAGCGACUGCCAUGGAGGAACAAAGCUUAUUCAAUCAUAAGAAGUUAACGACUACAUCCCCUUUAUGGAAAGAGGGCAUGGAAAUAUUAGAUCGGGAAAAUCAUAAGUUCUAUUUGAGUUCAAUGCAUAAAAGAGUCGAUCAUUUAAAAAAUCCACGUCAUAUUCCGCCAGUUGAAGGGAGAUUUCACCAACAAUCCAACAUUGAAUUUGCCUCAAGACCAACUGGCAAUAGUCUAUAUUCGUUAACUAAUCAAACUGAGAUAUUUGUAGCGGAACCGAAUCCUAUUGUUUUUGGCAAUUACAAUCCCGGUAAAGCAUAUAAGAUGAGGGUGCAAAUUAAAAAUGUUACCUCUGCUAGUCGACACAUACGUAUGAUUCCUCCAUCAACGUCUUAUUUUGCGUCAUCCCUUGGACAAUUUCCCAGCGAAAAUAGCUUUAUUGCCCCUGGCUUAGCAUGCCAAGUAGAAAUUACCUUUACUCCAGAUUCGCUAGCUGAUUAUGAUGAUGAAAUUAUCGUUAAAUCGCAGAAUGGAUUAGUGCUAGCUAUUCCUCUGCAAGGCAGGCGUCCACCUCCGGUACUUUCGUUGACAGCAACACUAGAUUGUGGCCAUUGCUUGGUAAAUGGUGAGAAAGUUACGACAUUCAAAUGUAGCAAUUCAGGUGGUCCAGGUCGAUUUUGCAUCAUGCCAGAAUCAUCAUGGCCGGUUAAACAGUUUGAUAAUUUUAAGAAACCUACUAAAUUGGAUAUGGCUCCAUUUCAGUUGGAGCCUAAUUAUUUCGAGCUAAAUCAUGGCGAAUCAAUUACUAUUACUGUCAAAUUCGUACCGGAAGAUGUUGAUAUUUAUACUCGUAAUAUUAUUGCGAUUUGUGAUAACUGUCAUGUUAAGACUUUUACGUUGAAAGGUGUUUGUCAGACUGCUGGGGUUGAGUUUGUAUCGGUCUCUGAAGGCUUACUAGAUCCAUUAGCUUUAGAAAUGUACGAUAUUUCUGCUCAGCAACAUAUAAGUUUCGAUACUAUUCAUCCUGGGAUGUUAUGUGAGAGAAAAUUAAUUGUACAUAAUACAACAAGAGUUGAUUUACCAUAUCGCUGGGAAUUUUUUAAAUCAAUUCUGUGCAAGCCUGGAGCUAACAAUGGCCACCAAGAUCGCUUCGAGCGCUAUCGAGUGCCUAACAAUCAAAAGGCCUUUAGUGUUGAACCAUCAGUUGGUAUUUUUCCACCUUUUGCUAAAGCCGAAUUCGUACUUACUUAUACGCCACAACACGUAGGUAAAUUUGAUCAAGUAUUACAUUUGAUUCUUGAAGAAUACGAGGAGAAUCAAUCAGUUGCCGAUUAUGAUGAAGUAGUGCAUGAUAUUAUACCUGGAUUGGAAAUAGAAUUACGUGCAAAUUGUAUGGCAUUCCAAGUAGAGCUAACGCCGUCAGUAAUAAUUAUCAGCGAUCAAUUGCUCAUUGGAUCAUCAUGGCAUAAGACUGUCCAGAUAAUUAACAACGGCUUCCAUCCUAUAGAGUAUGAGUGGAAAAAUCAAUCUAAUGACAAUUAUUCUAUUAAUAUCUCACCUUAUAAAGAUAAUAUUCCAUCCGGUCAAGUUAGAGAACUAACGGUUGAAGUUUGUGGUUACUUUCCUGGAAAAAUUGAGGCAUUAAUCCAUUGCCAUAUUGAGCAUGUUGAGACGCCAGUGUAUCUACAUAUCCAAGCUCAAGUUCAAGGUCCACAACUUAAUAUCGACAUCCCAGAUUUAAAUUACGGUCUGGUUAGACUAGGAGAGUCCGUAGAAAAAGAGAUCCCUAUCUAUAAUACCACUGAUGCGAUCUCUAAAUGGGAGAUUUUUGAAUGUCAGGGGGAAAGUCAAAAUAACAAUGUAGCAACUAAUGAUCUAUUGGAAUUCACAUUUAGCCCAUCCAAUGGCGAAUUGCAACCGAAAUCGUCUACCAUCAUUAAAGCCUUGUUUAAACCAACAUUUUGUCGUCGAUUGAGGACUGUCUUUGAGUUGCACGCAAUCAAUGGCAACAGAAAACACUUACAUGUUCGCGGUGAAAUUCAGAGUCCAGUAGUAGCUUUGACUGAGUGUAAUCUCCAACUAGAUGAAGUUUAUAUUGGACUACCACGAAAAAGUCAAGUCACCUUAAAGAAUCAAACUUUACUUCCUACCAAUUAUAAAUGGAAAACGGAUGACAUUGGCAAGAAAUGCACCCUUACAUUUGAUGCAAGCGAAGGAGACAUUGGAUCGAGACAAGCUAUCAAUAUUAAUUUGACGCUAAUAUGUCACGAAAUGGGUAAACAAGAAUUUACAGUUCCUUGCAAUAUAACUGGCAUGAAUGAUCCUGUUAUCCUUAAAAUUAAAGUUAACGUUAAAGGUCUUACGGUUGGCUAUUCUACGCCUUUAAUGGAUGUAGCAAAUAUAAAAAGGCAAACUCAACAGCAGCUAGAAAUAAAUGAAUCUAAAUCCUUAGAUCUGAAUUUUGGUACCGAUGUUGCAAUUGGUACGAACGCUAAGAGAUAUCUGGUCAUCAGAAAUAAGUCCGCCAUUCAAACCGAAUACAAUAUUCGAGUUACUUACUUCAUAGCAGCAAAUGCCAAUCUGGACAGGGGUGUUUAUGCUAAUAAGAGCUCAUCAAAGGUGGAAAGUAAGACAGGAUCAAUAUUAAAGCGAACUGCUAAUUUAGCCGACCCUCAAAGUAAAUCUAUUGAAAGAGCUCAUGCAGCAUAUUCUGCAGCAAUUUUAGGAGAGGGUCGUGGAACAGCUUUCGAGAUCUUGCCGUCAUCUGGAAUUCUGGAUGCUUUUGAAACUAAAAUUAUCACUAUAACAGCUUUUACUGACAUGUGGGGAGAUUAUGAAGAUAAUUUGAUAUGUAGUAUCAAAGGUUUAAAUGAUAUAGUUAUACCAGUGCAGUUAGGAGUUAUUGGCUGCCCUUUGAAAUUUCAAAUUGGUAAUGUGGAAAAGAAAGGUCAUCCAAUCGUUCGUUUUGGCGCUCAUAUUUCAGCAUCUCCUCCGGUCUCGCGUACGUUAAGGAUUAACAAUAGUAGUCCAUUAGAUAUUCGACUAGAUUGGAAAACAUUUAACUUGAUUAAGGGUGAUCAGCAAGUUGUUGAUCUGUUAAUUCACUAUGGUCAACCAUUACCGUUGAAUAUACCUGAUUCGGAUAAUGUAAAGAGUGUUUCCUAUCGGCAGGAAUCCUUAAUUCCAAUGAGUGAAACUUCAUCAGUUGUAUCAGUUGACGAAAAUAGGGAUGCUCGAGAAAGCAUCGUUAACGAAGAAGACAAUAUGAAUUGUAAAUCAUUUAUUUCAGUUACCGUCGAUGCUCAUGGAGGUAAACUAGCUGAUGAUCCAUACAGAGUUAACCCAGCUCAAUUAAUUGUUCCUUCGCGUGGCCAUACAUCGGUCAAUGUCACUUUUAAGCCUUUACGUUCAUGUCAAGAGGAUACAGACUGUUAUAGUUAUGCAUUAGGUUACAUGAGUUUAGAUCAACCCGAUGCAAGUAUAGAAGGUAAAGUUCGUCGAUUGCAGGGUUAUGAAAUCCCACCGCUGCGAUUUGACAUGACAGGAAGUGUUCUAGCCGCUUGGCUUGAAGUCCACUCAACUGAUGAUGAUGGAAACUAUUUUACAGCUGCCUCAAGCGAUUUAUUGCUUAGUAAUGGUCAGGUAUUGAAAGAAACUUGGAAAGAUGAACAUUUCUCAUUUACAAAUUUAACCGACACACCAUUAAAUUUUCAAAUUAUUUUGUCAUGGCCGUUCGAAAUUCGAGCUUCACAAACCAAGAUAACUUCAACAGCUGCUUCUGCUAAUCGUAAUAUUAGUAAGAAAGGGGAAACAAGCGCGAUAGUUCGAACGAAAGAUCAGUAUACUUUGCUGCCUCAAACUAAUAUGCAGACCAAUAUUGGCUUCUGUUUAUCACUGGAUAUGCUACAUCGAUUUCAAGAAUUGGAGAAGGACAAAGAUAAUAAUAUUGUCUCCAUCGUUACUGAUGGUGAAAAUAAAAAAUUGUGUUUCAAUGGUGAUUUACAGAUAAAAUUCUCGAACGGAACAGUUCAGAAUGUAUCACUGUCUGCAAGUGUAGCCUUACCCACAUUCAAGCUAGCCGAAAAUUCACUAGAUUUUGGAAUAUGCUUUGUUGGUCAAAUACGAUCAAAGCUAAUUACGAUUACAAAUCCCACUAUGUCAGGAACUUAUUGGAUAUCCAAUGUCGAAGCCCAAGAUGAAGCAUCGAAAGGCAUCUUCACUGUUGAACCUAGCCAAGGCUACAUCGAAGCUAAUAUUACUCAUAUUACGACCAAUGCGGUCACAAUCAAGGUUAAUUUCACUGCUAGGCAUAAUAUAAAAUACACGUCGAAAAUUUGUAUUAAUGGUUUACUUGGCGAGACUUCGCAAAUAUUGUUCGUAACUGGCGAGGGUUCUUAUGAUGGAAAAUAUGAAUCUAUUAUUCAUUAA